AGCAAAGCUUAUAAUCUGGCAAAAUGUCUACAGAAAACACAAACCAAUCGAUCCUCAUCCUCGGAGGCGGCUGUUUCGGGUUGGCCACAGCAUUUGAACUCGCUCAAAAGGGCUACAAGAACAUCACAAUUCUCGAGAAAGAUGUCGACGUGCCGAGCCGCUUCUCCGCGGCUUAUGAUCUGAACAAGGUCAUCCGUGCCGAGUACGCCGAUGACUUUUACACCCAACUAGCUCUCGACGCAAUUCGAAAAUGGCAGUCUGAUCCGCUGUACACUCCUCAUUACCAUCAAACCGGCUUUCUCAACGUCACUUCCGGCAAGGCCGCACAGAAUACCAAAGGAGCAGUGGAGAGCUACUUCCAAUCACUCCAGAAGAAUCCAGCAUUCAAUGGCCAAACCACCCGUGUGAAUAGCAGCAAGGAGAUCAAGAAGCUCGUCCCCAAGUUCAGCGGUCCGCUUACUGGCUUUACUGGAUAUCACAACAAACUCGCUGGUUACGGCCACUCCGCUAACGCCUUGAGAGCUGUGUAUGAGCAGUGCGUCAAGCUUGGUGUGAAGUUUCAUCUCGGAACCAAGGAUGGUGAAGUUGAGUCGCUAUUGUAUGCUUCAAGUCGAGAGGGGACGAAGUGCAUAGGUGCCAGAACGCGCGGGGGCACCAUCCACUCAGCAGACAAGACCAUAGUGGCAUUAGGUGCCGACGCGGCCAAUAUUCUUCCCCGUAUUGGAAAGCAAAUGACAGGUCGUGCAUGGGGUGUCGCGCACAUCCAGCUCACAGACAAUGAAGCCGCCGAACUCAAGGGCAUCCCCGUCACCAACGUUCGCGACCUCGCCUUCUUCUUCGAACCCGAUCUCAAAACCAAGAAGCUCAAAUUCUGCCACAUGGGCGGUGCUUUCACAAACUACGCCUUUUCCAAAGACGGCCUCUCAAUCCCCUUCCCCGAACUAGCAGAUUCACAAUUCAUGCCUCUCGAGGACGAAACGCACAUCCGUCUUCUUCUCAAAGAAGUCUUUCCCCAACUCGCAGACCGUCCUUUGAUUGACCAGCAUCUGUGCUGGUUCGCUGACACAGAUGAUUCGGAUUUCAUCAUUGACUACGUUCCGGGUACUAAUGCGACUUUGGCGGUGUUGAGUGGUGAUAGUGGACAUGGAUUCAAGAUGUUGCCGAUUUUCGGACAGUUUGUGCAUAAGUUGCUUGUGGAGGAGAAGCAGAGUCAGGCGAAGUGGCAGUGGAAGGAUAGUAAGCCCAAGGCUGCGGCUGUUUGGAGGAGUAGUGAGAGUCAGGAGCUUGCUGCCGUUCCGCGAGCGAAGUUGUAAGAGCUCAAAGUAUAGAGUCUAUGUCUAAUAUGAAUUCCUAUUUGUCUUAUCAACGGUGUCUCCGUUAUAUCUCUGUAUAUAACGCUAUACCC